AUGAUUGUAUCUGCCACUCACAACCUGGGUACUACGACGCUGGGGUGUUUUGAGGCGGGGCUACAGACAUUAAGUUGUAAUAGAAGUAUAGGUGUCAUUUUUGCACCUUACGGCCCUGUCUGGAAGCAACAGAGGAAGUUCUCUCUCUCAACACUGCGUCAUUUUGGAGUGGGAAGACACAGCUUAGAGCCUAAAAUCAUUGAGGAGCUGAAGUUUAUAAAGGAGGAAAUGCUGAAGCAUGGAAAGGAUUCAUUUAAUCCCUUUCCGAUCAUUCGCAACGCAGUGUCCAAUGUUAUCUGUUCCAUGGCCUUUGGCAGGCGUUUUAACUAUGAAGAUGUGGAGUUCAAGACGAUGCUGAAGAACAUGGCCCAUGCACUAGAGCUAAGUGUGAGCAGCUAUAUGAUCCUGGUCAAUAUCUGCCCUUGGCUGUACUACCUUCCCUUCGGGCCUUUCCGGGAACUUAGGAAAACUGAAUUAGAUAUUACUGCUUUUCUAAAGAAAAUAAUUGCACAGCACAGGGAUACGCUGGAUGCAGCAAAUCCCAGGGACUUCAUUGAUAUGUACUUCAUCCACGCGGAAGAAGAAAAGAACAACAAGGAGAGCAGUUUUGAUGAAGACUACCUAUUUUUUAUCAUUGGUGACCUCUUCAUCGCAGGCACAGAUACUACUUCCAACACGUUACUGUGGUGCCUACUCUACAUGUCUCUCUAUCCAGAAGUUCAAGAGAAGGUUCAUGCAGAAAUUGAAGCAGUUCUAGGAUGUGACCAAGUUCCCUCUCUUACCCACAAGGCUCAAAUGCCCUUCACAGAGGCAACCAUUAUGGAAGUGCAGAGGAUGACUGCAGUUGUUCCCCUUUCUAUUCCUCGAAUGGCCUCAGAAACCGCUGUGCUGCAGGGAUAUACUAUUCCUAAGGGCAGCGUGAUUGUGCCCAACUUGUGGUCAGUACACAGAGAUCCUAACAUUUGGGAGAAACCAGAUGAAUUUCAACCAUCAAGAUUUCUGGACGAAAAUGGCCAGCUAAUUAAGAAAGAGGCAUUCAUUCCUUUUGGAAUGGGUAAACGUGUGUGCAUGGGAGAGCAGUUGGCAAAAAUGGAGCUGUUCUUAAUUUUUGCAAGUCUAAUGCAAAGUUUUACCUUUUUGUACCCUGAAAAUGCUGCAAAACCAUCUAUGGAUGGAAGGUUUGGUUUAACUUUAGCUCCUUGUCCAUACAAUAUAAUAGCUUUGAAGAAAUGAUACAACAUCAAAGAAAGAUUAAACAAAAAAAUACUGCACUUUUGAAAUCCAGCUUUAUUUUGUUUCCAGCUAGUUUUAUUACUUUCUUUCUAGAAAAACACUGACUUUCAUAGUCAGUGAGAAUGAUUCAUUUACAAUUCUGGAAAGAGAAGAUUUUUUUUUUUGUCAGCUGUUGCAUUCCACAAAUGAACUGACAGCAUAGUUUGCAAUUUGAUAUUCAAACUUGCUGGGCUUAACCCCUCUGUCUAUAGGCUAUUACUGUCAGUUUGUCAAAUGUUAAUUAUGGGAGAAUGG